AUGUCCGUCUCCGACAGCGGCCAGCCAGGGCAACCUCGGUCAGCCGGUGCCCAGUCCUCCGCCACGCUCUCCAUAAACCUCUCUUCCAACAACCCGUUCCGCAACCGCGCGGCAUCGCCUGCGAGCAUCGAAGCCUUCUCCUCGCCCACCUCCCCAUUCGACGACCCCAACCCGAACCCUCCCCGGCCGUUGUCGCGAAACCCGUUCAUCGACCUUCCUUCGCCGCCGCUGAGGUCGCCCGAUGCCAUGUCCAGCCGUUCCAACACGAAAUCCCUGUCUGCCGAAGACAUUUUUGACUCCUUGACGCUCGACGACAAGGACGGCAAAUCGGCAGCCGCCCUGCCCGCGCAGCGUCGCAUGAUGGAUCGCCAGCCGAUAGGUCGCCGAGGCGAGAGCCAGCCGCUCAUGCCCGUCGCCACCGCCAAAGGUCAUCACCGCCCGACGCGAUCGCAGGAGGAGGCGAUGAAGGCCCGCAAGCCUCAGGCUGCCGGCACCCGGCCGGCUGGUGGCGCCGAUUCGCCCGUGCGAAAGCCGCCGCGCCGCUCGCGCCGCAACUCCGAAUCGUCCGUCCUCGAGCUCAGCGCCCUCACGGCCGAGGAGAUGAAGAUGAUCGAAGCGAAGCGGCUGCGUGACAAGCAACGCCUCGAGCGCGGCACCCGCACCUCGAGCCGCGACGCCCGCGACGGCAAGGACGCCCGCGACGGCAAGGACGCUCGCGACGGCAAGGAAGCCCGCGAGCCCAAGGAAAAGGCCAGGUCCGGUCGGCCAGGGCGCCGCAUCGAUAUCAUCGACCAGCUCGACGCCACCAGCAUGGGCCUCUUUCACCACGACGGCCCGUUCGACGCCCUCAACCCGCAUCGAAAUCGCCAAAACAGCCGGCGCGCGCCCAUGCAGGCCUUCCCCAAGGACUCCCUCAACAACUCCAUCGGCGGCGCCGGCCCCCUCAACUCGAACCCCGACCACUCCGUCUUCAUGGGCCACGCGACGGACGAGGCGUUCCGGGACUACGCCGGCGGCGCCAAGAACAAGAACGGCUACAAGUACCCGCCCUCGCACGACGAGGCGGCCAUCUUCGACCCCAUCGCUCGCGGCGUCGUCCACGGCGACGAGACCCACGGCCUCGGCACCUCGACCUUCCUCGAGGGCACGCCGGCGGCGAGGACGGCCAUCGCGCGGCGCGAGGCCGAGCAGGCCGAGGAGCUCACCUUGGCGAGCAUCCAACGCAAGAAGUCGCUCGCCCAGCGCAUCCGGCACAUCAACAGGGGCCCGCGAGAGCUCAGCGUCCCCGGCCGCAGGUCGAACCUGGACUACUCGAGGCGAUCGUCGGACCAGGUGCGCGGGAGCGGCUACGCCGGACCCGAGUCGAACCCGCCCAUCUUCAGCGAGUUCACGCGGGGAGAGGAUAGCAUCAGCGUCAGGACGCCGAGCGGCGGCACCAUGCCCCCCACGAGCCCGCCGCCGGCCAUGCCGUCGAGGAGGCUCGGCAGCGGCGGACCUCUCGAGCGACGAACGACGACGGACGCGAUCCCGGCAAACGACGACGGCGCCGGCAAGAACUCGGGCAUACUGGGCCGCAUGAAGAGCCUGAAGGGUGGACGUCGAUCGAGGGCUGGCGAUCAUGGCCCGCCGGCGGGAUCGGCGAUGUAG